AUGAAACAAAGGACUAUAUUAUUCUUUUUUAUCAAUAUUUGUACCUUUUAUAAUUAUUUGGAUCAUAAUCACAAGGUUUAUAGAACAUUAGAUACUAGAAUUUAUCGAUUACUAUUAGAACGUAAAAACAAGAGGUGUUCUAAUAUUGUAUGCAUGAAAGGAGAUAAAUCAAAUAUUAGAACAUAUGAAAAAACAGAUACGUCUAAAAAUAAAAAGGGCACCAUAGAAAAAAAUAAAAAACCAAUUAAAAGUUCAUUAAAUAUUAUCUUAGGUUAUGGGAAACCUAAGAAGAAUAAAUAUCGUGAAAGCAAUGCAGAAAACACAUAUUUUUAUAAAAGUAUAAUGAGAAAAAAUAAUUAUGUAAAGGAAGUUAGGAAAGCUGCAAAUGCUGAUUUUAAGUAUUUAAGAAAAUGUAUACAAAGAAAAGGUGAUAUAUUUUUUGCUUUAGUUAUCUUCCAUGUAAUAGUUGGAGUAGCAGCUGCUGCGUUAUAUGCUAUUCUUAAGGGGUUAACUGUAACUGAUGCAUAUUUAUUUAAAGUUCUUUCACCAUUAUUUAUAUUAUGGCUUAUAGUUUUAGUAUGGCUUUUUCGUAUCGAGAGAAAAACAGAAAAAUAUGAAAAGUUAAUACAUAUAAAAAGUGUUUUACAUAAUACAGCAUAUCCUUUUGUUGGCAAAGUAGUCCAUUAUAAGAACUAA